GCCAACUGAACAACUGCACGGAAUAUUUUAGAGAAUUUAUAAAGUGCCAAAUGGAUUUGGAAGGAAAAAAUGUGGUUUAUCUCGGCGGAUUCGGCGGCAUAGGCAAAAAAUGUGUGCAAGAACUGCUUAAGAAGCAAAUAAAAGGUCUGGCCAUUUUUGACUUGAUUGUGGAUGACGACCUCUUGGCUGAGUGGAAAAAACAGCAUCCCGAUACGGAAAUCUUCUACCAGAAAAUGGACAUCACUCAGAAAUCGGAUAUAGAUGCUGCCUAUAAGGCGACUGCAGAGAAACUUGGACACUUCGAUGUGGUGGUCAAUGGAAGUGGCCUUUUGGAUGAUCGCCGAAUUGAACUGACCAUACAAAUAAAUCUGGUGGGAGUUAUUAACAGCACUUUGACGGCACUCGAAUACAUGGACAAGUCAAAAGGUGGUAGAGGUGGACUCAUAGUGAACAUUUCCUCGGUGGCUGGUCUGCAGCCCACGCCUUUGAUGGCCAUAUACUCCACUUCCAAAACAGGUGUCACCACAUUUACCAGGGCCAUGGCUAGUCCCAUCCAUUAUGCCCAUUCCGGUGUGGGCUUCAUUACCAUCUGUCCAGGCUACACGAAUACCGGCAUUCUUAAGGACAUUGAUAAGAAAACGACAUUCCCAUUUUAUGAGACUCGCAUGCGGACCGUCUUCAGCAAGGUGAAAGGUCAGACGGCGGAGGUUUGCGCUCGGAAUAUAGUCAACGCCAUCGAAACGGCCAAAAAUGGAGCAGUUCUUAUGCUGGAACUGGGUGAGAUCCACGAAUUGGAUAUACCGAACCUGUGGAAUCCCCAGUUAGAUGAUUGCGUAUUCGUCUGCUUGAGCUGAACGUAUCUAUACUAAUUAACGCCACAAUAACCGCAAGAAGGGAUCAAGUUUGCUGGCAAUCAGAACCAAAUAAAGUCAUAUCAAAUUCUGUUUUAUAAUUCG